AUGGGGAAGAAAGGGUCUAAGAAAACCCUCUCAGGCCUGGGGGAGGCAAAUCUGCGGUUCUCCUGCCUCCCCGGCUGCGAGCUGGCGUAUCGGCCUGGGGACGGGCUGCGGCACCUUGCUUCGAGAGGUUCCUGUUUUGCCCCAGGAACCACCUGGGCGAGGAGACAUGCACUGUGCUUGGCUCGUCACAGAAACGCCUCAGAAGUUAAAUUUAUAUGGCAGCACCUAGAACAAGAGAAACACGAACUAAGGAGGCGAUUUGAGAACAGAGAAGGAGAAUGGGAAGGAAGGGUGUCUGAACUGGAAAGCGACGUGAAGCAGCUGCAGGACGAGCUGGAGAGGCAGCAGGUUCACCUGCGUGAAGCCGACCGCGAGAAGACACGGGCCGUCCAGGAACUCUCCGAACAGAACCAAAGACUCCUGGACCAGCUCAGCAGGGCGUCAGAGGUGGAGCGGCAGCUCUCCCUGCAGGUCCACAGCCUCCGGGAGGACUUUCGGGAGAAGAACUCCUCCAGCAGCCAACACAUCGUGCGGCUCGAGAGCCUUCAGGCUGAGCAGGUCCUGGAAAUCAAAAUGCUGACGGACAGAAAGCGGGAGCUGGAGCAUCGCCUUAGUGCCAUGAUGGAGGAGAACGACCUGCUCCAGGGAACCGUGGAGGAGCUGCAGGACCGAGUCCUCAUCCUGGAGAGGCAAAGCCAUGACAAGGACCUGCAGCUGCACCAAAGCCAGCUGGAGCUCCAGGAGGUGCGGCUGUCCUACCGGCAGCUGCAGGGGAAGGUAGAAGAGCUCAGUGAGGAGAAAAGUCUCCAAAAUUUCAACACAACCAGCACGUCCCUUCUAUCUGAGAUAGAGCAGAGCAUGGAGGCAGAGGAGCUGGAACAAGAACGAGAACAGCUGAGGCUGCAGCUCUGGGAAGCAUAUUGCCAAGUGCGAUAUCUCUGCUCCCAUCUCAGAGGAAACGACAGUGCAGACUCAGCAGUCUCUACAGACUCCUCCAUGGAUGAGUCUUCAGAGACCUCAUCAGCCAAAGAUGUCCCAGCCGGCAGCCUACGGGCAGCUCUCAGCGAGCUGAAAAGACUGAUACAAAAUGUGCUGGAUGGGGCAGACUCCACGAGCUCUCGACGAAGCGACGACGACACAUUAGAGGAACAGAUCAGGCGAACAAGCGAGGAUUCGCGAGCCCUGAGGGAAUUAAUGGAGGGAGAACGGGGGAAACUGAGGCAGAGUUUGGAGGAGCUGCAGCGACUGCACAGCCAGGUCACGCUGCUGAGUGUGGAAAUGACAACACUGAAGGAGGAACGGGACCGGCUGCGAGGUGCUGCUGAAGACAAGGAGACAAGUGAACGGCUGCUGCAGGCCAUCCGGGACCGAGAUGAGGCUAUUGCCAA